UGUCCUGUCGCAAGGGUUCGGCAAAAAGGGAAAGUUAAAACAGAAUGUAAUCUGCAGAGAAAAUACACCUGGAUGAAAACAAAUGAGGUGCACAGGGAAACCCGAGCAGGAAGGAUGUUGGGAAGUAAACUAGAAAUUACCAUGCAGAUGAAAAGAAAUUCCUAGGAUGGCAGAUUUAGUGGCGCCUGACAUCAGCUGGGGCAGUUUAACAGUAGCACCCUGCUACCUUCAUUAUCGUCAGGGAUGGGUUGCAAACAGCAGAACCAACAUUGGCAGUCAUUGUCCGGUGCUGAUUGUUGUUUUCCUGUCCAAAUUCGAGCUUGGCAUUGUGAUUGACAGUGGUCUGUUCAAAUAAGACAUCCCAGCACAGUAAGCCCACAUUUUGCAGGCACGCAGGGGCGUGGAGUUGUGCCUGCUUUGACAUAUUCUCUGCAGUAGCCUAGCUCACUGGGACAGACUAUGCAAAGUGCUGUGACAUCACCCAGCCAGAUUGGGGCAGUGCGCCUUUAAAAAAAACCCAAAGCGUGUGGAUAAAUAUAAUAUAGCAAUAAUAAUACUAAUAAUCAUAACAAACACAAACGGCUGUAUUAUGGGAGACACGAACUCACAUCUAGUGUAAGAGUGCUGACAGACUGCUCAGUGCUGACCGUAGGACAUGUUAUUGGGUUUUGAACAUGCCGGAUCCUAUUGCUGCUACAGGGCCCUUUUACUGAAGGCAUUAUAAAGUUUUUGGAAACUUUCCUACUAUUGAAUUUACGGUUAUCAGGUUUUUGGUACUUUUUAAAUUCCGGAUUGUACACUGUUAGCGGAUGUGCUGGGAGUAAGGGAAGAAGCCCUUUAUGUGCUGAACUGGUUCUCCCAUAUGGACGAAAGCAGUCCUCUGUCUCCUAGGGCCAAUGCUUUUAGGAUCGCCUCUCUAAUUUCAGCCGCACAACAGGCAGGAAACGGGGUUCGUGAGGAGCCCGGCUGUGACCUGAGCAAGCCCUGCACCACCUUCAGCUCGCAGAGGAUGAUGCAUUUCAGUACAGUGACCAGAGACAUGGAAGCUUUCACCGCCAACAGCCUGAGCAGUCUGAACGCUUCAGGGGGCUAUCAUCUGCCCCCUUCACCCGUGGAUCCUUAUAGUCAGCAUGAACAGCAUUACGAGACCUGCUCGGCCACCCAGCACAACUACAGCUUCGGUCCUAGUUCGAAUCCGGGUCCAGAGCCUGACCAGGGCAAUUCAAACUGCUCCGGUGCUUCGUCCACUCCAAACAGCAACAAACCACCAGUGAAGAAAAAUCCUAAAGUGUCCAACAUUAGUGUUCAACUGGAAAUGAAGGCCCUCUGGGAUGAAUUUAACCAGCUGGGCACCGAAAUGAUAGUCACCAAAGCUGGCAGGCGGAUGUUUCCCACGUUCCAGGUGAAAAUUUUCGGGAUGGAUCCCAUGGCUGAUUAUAUGUUAUUAAUGGACUUUGUACCAGUGGACGACAAGAGAUACCGGUAUGCAUUUCACAGCUCCUCUUGGUUAGUGGCUGGCAAAGCUGAUCCUGCCACCCCUGGUCGGGUGCAUUACCAUCCAGAUUCCCCGGCUAAAGGUGCACAAUGGAUGAAACAGAUAGUCUCUUUUGACAAGCUAAAACUAACCAACAACCUGCUAGAUGACAAUGGACAUAUAAUCCUGAACUCCAUGCACAGAUACCAACCCCGGUUCCACGUGGUUUAUGUGGACCCCCGGAAGGACAGUGAAAAGUAUGCAGAGGAGAACUUUAAGACCUUCGUCUUCGAGGAGACCCGCUUUACAGCAGUCACUGCUUAUCAGAAUCACCGGAUUACGCAAUUAAAAAUUGCAAGUAAUCCAUUUGCAAAAGGAUUCAGAGAUUGUGAUCCCGAAGACUGGCCCAGGAAUCAUAGGCCAGGAUCACUUCCCAUAAUGAGUGCAUUUGCAAGAACUCGAAAUCCAGUGUCAUCACCCUCACAACAGAAUGGGUCCGAUAAAGAUGUGGAAAACAGACGAGAGUAUGACAGGGAUCCAAAUGGAACGUCUCUUCUUGCAGAACCAGCUCACCAACAGCUGAUGUCCCGGGUUCUGAGCCCAGCACAUUCAGUCACGGGUGGACUUCAUGCAGUCCCAGUUACAAGCAGACCAAGCCCACCUCAUGAACUACGGUUAGAUCCACACUCCCAGCACCCAGAGACCCUUCAUCAUCACCCUUACAAAUACCCAACUUCCUAUGACCAUUAUUUGGGAGCCAAAACCCGGCCAACGCCUUACCCGCUGCCUAGUGUCAGAGGACACAGCUACCACCAUCACCAUAUGAACCCUGGUGCUACCAACAUGUACUCUGCUCCAGGAGGACCUGCAAACUAUGAUUACGGUCCCAGAUAACAUAACCCGAGAUACAGCAGCAGACAGAUGCUUGAUGUGCACGUGGUUGCAGAUGUUGGGUGGUUCCAAGUUUGGAAAUGAGUUCUUAUGGUUUCAGCACAGUGAAUGCUCCCAGACAUUAUGGUCACAGAAGACACUCUCCAGCAUCGGAAAGUUCCAUGCAGAAUCAGCAGUGACUCAGUCAAAGACCUGCUGCAAGAGUUUUAAUGCGUAUAAAAGGGAACAGAGUGGCUAGCGUUGGCCAGCCAGGUAAUGGCAAAACAGGCUUUCAGAUGACGACACCCCUCCUCUCAAAGUGCUGUGGAUUACUGCCUUUUGACUCUGAUGCAUUACCUGUCUGCAAAGCUUAAAAAGAAACAUAAAGAGCCCUUAGACUGCUACACCAAAAGGGUGGACUCAUAACUAGUCCCGCAGAACAUAGGAGUGUAUUUUUUCAAGUGACAACUGCACUUUUCCUGCUGGGAAGAAGCCAUAAGGUUUUUGUUUAAAACUUUAAAUGGAGCUGUAGGCUGCAGUGGACGAAUUCACAUGUGGCCUUUGUAGCUUAACAUUAACUUGCAUAUUUGUUUCUUGCCAGUUUCCAAUUAGUCACUGCAGGCUUGCUAGAGUUCAUUAGAUUCGUAUUUAUUUUUUAGCUAAUAACUUGAGUGGGUGCUGUACACACAUUUAUACAGCUUCUAACCCACCAUAUACCACUUAGCAGUUGUCAUCAAAGCAAGGUAGCAUUGUGUCAUUGUAUUUAUUUUACUGUUAACUGAAUGUCCGUUUGCAUACUAAAAUAAUGUCAUUUUUUAACACUUCUGCUGAGUGGUACAAGCAAUUGCUCACGGACUUUUAAACAAGAAGCAGAAAGUAUAGGAAGUAUUGAAAUGCAAGCCAGAGACAAUGUAGUAAGUUAUCUUCUAGCAAAUAUUCAAGGCACCUUUCAAGGCGAGUGUCUAGAAUUACUGUCCAAGACAACAUUGUAAGUAUUGCAUUUCUCAUGUGCAUUUAUCACUUGUAUCUUAAUUAGUGCCAAAGCAUUACAUUUAACUUUUAAUGAAGUCAGUCUAUUUAUUUUCACGGGCUACCAGAUAAGAACAUUGCUCCUUAAGAAACUGAAAGCCAAAGAGCGACCUUUGCAAAAGUGAAUGUAGAUAUAACUGUAGAUAUUUGUAGAUAUGUAUGGAAACAACCCGCAAUACUGUUUAAUGAAAAAAAGUUGUUUGACAGCGACUUUUAUAAAUGCUUUUUGAAACAAA